UGUCAAUCAAAAGUAUGAUUUGUGUUUAUGCUUUUUUUAAUGUACUAAAUUUAAAUUGUGAUAUAUCGAAAUGUCUAGUCAGAAAUAUACAAACACAGUUUUAUUACUAAAAACUCAAAGCAACGAAACGUCUGAUAAAUACGCCCAAUUAUUAACUGACAACGGUUUUCAGGCAAGACAAGUAAAAACUUUAGUUUUUGAAUUUAAAAACAUAGAACUAUUAGCUGAGAAACUGAAUAAAGCCAGUUUAUAUUCAGGUCUAAUAUUUUCAAGUCCUCGAUGUGUACAAGCUGUUAAAUUAGCUUUUCAAGAGGCUGAUAUAGACAUCAAAGAUUGGCAGUUAAAAAAUAAUUUUGUGGUAGGGACGGCAACCUACACAGAAGCCCUGCAUAGUUUAGGUUUUGAGUGCAGGGGAAGUGAUAGUGGAAAUGCAGUAAAUUUGUUAGAAUACAUGAAAGAAGUUGUUCAUGACGAAGACAACCUGUUUUUGUAUCCCCAUGGAAAUUUGAAAAGUGAUACUUUCAGCAAAGUAGAAGAGAAACGAAAGAUUCAAGUGGAAAGUGUGUUAGUAUAUGAUACAAUAGAUAAUCCAAAUAUCGAAGAAGAAAUUAGUGUUGUCACUAAUAAUUUUACAGAAACUCCAGAAUUUAUGGUAUUUUUUAGUCCUUCUGGUUUAGAAAGUUCCAUAAAAUACCUUAGAAAAUUGCCUCUGUUUGAAUCGAGUAAAUUAAUCGCCAUUGGUCCAACAACUGAAGCUGCUAUUAAAAGUUUAAGUCUUCCAGUGUUUGGUGUAGCUAAGCAGCCUAAUCCAAAAAGUGUUCUUGAACUUUUGUUGCCAAAAUAAGAUUAUUGCAUACAAUACAAUAUAAAUAUAAUGAUGUAUAUAACAACUUCAGUGAGAAAGUGUAUCUGUGGUAAUAUUAUAAUAACGUUUUAA